GAAAACGAGGCUAUUGGCAACUGAGAAAGGCGGGACGUGAAUAUGGGGAAUAAAGAAUCGAGAAGUAACAGCGGCUACUACUAUGAUUCGCGCAGUUAUGACUCCCGAUCAUUUCGAAGCUCAUCCGAUCGCUCUUCAUUUUCUGAGAAUUACCAUGAUCAUGAAAGAAAAGGCGUGGUACAGUCAAAAUACUCCAAAAUCGGUGAUGAUUACAGCUCGCUGGAACAGGUCACAAAUGCUCUUGCUCAAGCUGGCCUCGAGUCUUCCAAUCUUAUUGUGGGUAUCGAUUUCACAAAAAGCAAUGAAUGGACAGGUGCGCGAUCAUUCAACCGCAAGAGCCUACAUCACCUUGGGCAUACCCCUAAUCCGUAUGAACAGGCAAUAUCUAUAAUUGGGAGGACGCUCUCAAGUUUCGAUGAAGACAAUCUCAUUCCUUGUUUCGGUUUUGGCGAUGGUCAGUACUUGCGGAUGUUGUUACUAGAGGUAACACUAACUGAAAGAGUCGCUAAUUACUGGAUGGUUGGAAUUCCAUUGGUUUUGCAGCUACAUCAUGCGACGGAUAUAUUUUAA